GCAUGCGAGUACACAUUUUCGGAGCGGCAUCAUCACCAGGAUGUGCUAACUAUGGCAUGAAGUAUCUCGCCAGGGAACAAGAGAAGGACUACCCACUAGCAGCCAGAUUCAUUCACAAAAACUUUUAUGUGGAUGACGGGCUAAUCAGCAUUGAUUCAGUCAGGGAAGCCAAGCAGCUGGUCUGUGAAGCACAAGAGGUCUGUGCAAAAGCGAAACUGCGCUUGCACAAAUUUGCAUGCAAUAAUAAGGAGGUCAUGAGCAUUAUCCCAGAAACAGAAAGAGCCAGCAAUACCAAAGAUGUAAACCUGAACUAUUCUGUAAUUCAAAUGCAAAGUGUGCUGGGAGUAAAGUGGAACAUAGAGGCUGACGUGUUCUCAUUCAGUGUAGCCCUCAAAGAAAGGCCAGCCACACGCCGAGGAAUUCUAGCAACAGUUGCUAGUGUGUAUGACCCGUUAGGAUUUCUCUCACCCUACAUUUUGACAGGGAAACAAGUACUCCAGGAAAUGUGCAAACGCGGAGUGGGAUGGGAUGAACCUAUUCCCCCGGCACUAGAGACCAAAUGGAAAGCAUGGCUCGGUGACUUGGAGAAUCUGAAAAGGAUUGAAAUACCAAGAUGCCUUGUUCCUGAGAACUUCGGCAAGGUCAAAAAAAUUGAGCUGCAUCAUUUUUCGGAUGCCAGCAGCUGUGGCUAUGGACAAUGUUCAUACAUCAGGAUUGUUGCUGAUAAGAACGUGCAUUGUGCACUGGUCAUGGGUAAAGCCAGAGUGGCACCCACAAGAAUAAUCACUAUCCCACGCCUUGAGCUCACUGCAGCUGCAGUUUCUGCAGCUGUAAGUAACUUCCUCAGGUCAGAGCUCGAGCGGAAAAUUGACGAGGAGUUUUUCUGGACAGAUUCUAAAGUGACGCUUGGAUACAUAAAAAAUGAUGCUCGUCGCUUUCAUGUCUUUGUGGCAAAUCGAGUUCAGAAAAUAAGAGACUCUACUGAUCCAAAGCAAUGGUUUUACAUUGAAUCUGAUCAAAAUCCAGCUGAUCACGCAUCUAGGGGCCUCAAGGUGGCAGAUCUCCUAAGCUCGAAUUGGCUCACUGGACCUAAAUUCCUAUGGGAAAGGGAAAUUGUCACAAACCAACAUUCCCCUGAUCUUCUUGUUGGGGACCCAGAAGUAAAGGUCCUGAAGACAAAUGCCCUUGAAGAAAACAGCUUUCUUGAGAGGUUCUCAAGAUUUUCCAAUUGGGAUACAGCUCUUAACGUUGUGGCGAGAAUUAAAAGACUUGCAAGGAGAGAUAAGUCAGGACCCAUUAGUGUAGAAGAAAGACAAAUGGCUGCUUUUGUACUCUUCCAGGCAGCACAGAGGGAAGCCUUUAAAGAAGAGCUCAAAUGGUUCAGUCAAAACUCAGCUGGACUGCCAAAAACUCAUAAAAUGUAUCAACUCGAUCCUAUUUUGGUAGACAACUUGCUUAGGGUUGGAGGAAGGUUGAGAAAGUCCUCAGCAUCAAUUGCAUUGAAUCAUCCAGUAAUCCUUCCAAAGGAAGGCAUUGUCACACAACUCGUUCUUGACCACUGUCACAAGAAAACGCAACACCAAGGCCGAGGCCAAACUCUGAACAAACUCAGGGAAAGUGGCUAUUGGAUCAUAGGUGGCAGUAAGGUAGUGGCCAAAUACAUUAAAGGGUGUGUCAAUUGUAGACAAGUGCGUGGGCCAGCUGAAGAACAACGCAUGGCUGACUUGCCAUUUGACAGAGUGGAUCCUUCGCCCCCAUUCACCUACACUGGAGUUGAUGUUUUCGGCCCCUUCUAUACGAAACAAUGUCGAAGGGAAUGGAAGAGGUAUGGCCUGUUGUUUACGUGUUUAAGCUCGAGAGCCGCACACAUUGAGAUGUUGGAAGAUCUCUCCACUGACGCAUUUAUAAACGCUUUAAGAUGCUUCAUAGCAAUCAGAGGCACAGUCAGACAGAUUCGUUCUGACCAAGGCACAAAUUUUGUCGGAGCUAAGAACGAGUUCAAGAAGGGUCUAUUGGAAUUAGACAAGGAGAUGAUUUCUACUUAUCUAGCUAAAAACCAGUGUGACUUUCAAAUGAAUGUUCCUGAAGCUAGUCACAGAGGAGGCGUUUGGGAACGACAGAUUCGCACUGUUAGGAAUGUCAUGAGUUCUGUCCUAGCCCAAGCUACAGGAAGGUUAGAUGACACCUCAUUGAGAACUUUCUUCUACGAGGCCAUGUCAAUUUUGAACCAUCGUCCACUCACUACUGAUACGAUCAACGACCCCAACAGUGCUGAGCCUUUGACGCCUAAUCAUUUGCUCACAAUGAAAGAGUCUGUGCCACUUCCGCCUCCUGGUAGAUUUGUAAGAGAAGAUUUGUAUGCCAGGAAGAGGUGGCGGAGGGUGCAAUAUUUAACAGAGUUGUUCUGGAGCAGGUGGCGCAAGGAAUACCUAAACAGCAUUAGUUUAAGACAACGAUGGCAUUCUCCUAAACAAAAUGUACAGGUUGGAGAUGUAGUGAUUUUAAAGGAGGACAAUAUUCCAAGAAAUGAGUGGAAAUUGGCAAGGGUGGUUGAAGCCAAUGAAGAUGAUGAUGGUUUAGUGCGGAAAGUUAAGAUCCAAAUAGGGCAAAAGGAGCUGGGGAAGAAAGGUGAACGUUUGAAACAAGUCUCUUUUCUUGAGAGACCAGUUCAGAAACUAGUGGUACUAGUUAAAGGGUCUAAACUACAGUGAAGUAGUACAAGGGUUAAGAACACAAGCACAAUAUGUAUAAUAUGUAUAAUAUAAGUUUAUUUAAGAAGUGAUUUUUUGUAACAUAAGUUGAUGUUUGAUUGUCAAUUUAUUAAAAAUUACAGGAUUUAAUUUUGUUUAACUCAUGUAAAUAGAAAUCCUUUGUAAUUUUGGUGGCAGUGUAGCUGUCGCAUUGAAAUGUAAUUAUUAUGUGAUUGCAAUGUUCAAAAGUUGGGUGUUUAAUCUGUAUUUGUGUUGUGUUGUCGCCACCUACUGGUGGACCUGAGUGUGGCGCUUUGUGGUGCGCAUGCUUUGGGGUGAUGCUCAAUUAAGCGCACACGUCACCAGAGACUGAAGGCUCGAGCCAGAAAGAGAACGCUGGCUUGUGUAAAGGUGGAAAUAUAGAAGAUAUGGACUACAAUUGCUCAUUGAAUGUUCAGUAGAAAGGCGCACACGUUUUUCACGGUGUUUGCUGGUGAAAAGAGGAUUAAAAUACUGGCUAAACAUCAGUUGGAGCAUGGCCCUUUAUUCUACUUCGAACAUGAAGAACCUUCAGGAGCAGUUACAAUACCUAACUGCAUUAAUACACAUUCACACUCUUGACAUGCAGACUGAAGGAGCCAGGAUCGAACCACUGACCUUCCGAUCAGUAGGUAACCUGCUCUCAUCUACGCCAGGCCUGGCCCAUAUCUGGAUGACAUACCACUUACCAUGCCAGAAGUCAGCCAGCAGUGCUGGCUUGAUAUCAGAUCCG